ACUGAGUCUGAGGUGCUAAAGGAGCUCCUGAAACUUAACCCCCAAAAAACAUCUGGGACACAAGAGACACCAACACAAGAGACACAAGCGACACCAACACAAGAGGCACCAACACAAGAGACACAAGAGACACCAACACAAGAGACACCAACACAAGAGACACAAGAGACACCAACACAAGAGACAACAACACAAGAGACACAAUAG